GCGCGUGUGUGACAGCGCCGGGGGCGGCGCGUGAGGAGGCGGGCGGGGGGCGCGCGUGCGCGUGUGUGCAAGGAUGAGUGUGUCUGCACGCGGCGGGGGGGGCAGGCGCGUGCACGCCGGGGCACGUGUGUGAGUGUGAGCACACAAGCGUGUGAGCCGGGACAGCGUGUGCGUGCGUGCAUGUGUCUAUGUGCAGCUUGCGUGGGUGGCAGGUGGACUGGUGUGUGCACACGCAUGGCGCACAUAUGUGCUCGCAUGUCGGGAGGCUCUGUGUGUGCGCGUGUGUUCCCCUCCCCCUCCGCCCCCCCAGCCCUGUGUGGGUGAGCGCACAUGCGUGUGGUGCGGUGCCUGCCGGCUGUGUGCUGCUGCCGGGUGUGCCAGGCCCACUCACCCCUGGCCGCUCCGCUCCGCUCCGCUCCUUACCUAGCUGAAGUGGCAGCUGCUUGGUGUGAGUGCGUGUGCAGGUGUGUGAGACAGUUGGGUGUACGUGUGUGUGUGUGUGUGCGCGCGUGCAGCCGUGCCUGUUGGAGGGGGGGGCUGUCAUGCGGUGGUGUGAGUGUGCAUGCAUGCGGUCGUGUGUCAGUGCAUGUGCUUAGGAUGCGUCUUGGUGCAUGGGGUAGUGUAACCGUGUGUGCGUGUGUGUAGGUGUGCAUGCGUGGGUGCCUGUGGUGGUGCGAGUGCAUCUGCCUGGGUCUCUGGAUGGGGGGUGGCAUGCAGGGUUGCCUGUGUGUGCGCUCGUGCCUCCAUGUGUGUAGUAGGGCAUGUAGGGGUGCGUGAAUGCCUGUGUGUGCCUGCCUGCAAGGUGGGGUGUGUGCGUGUGUGUGUGUGCCCAUGUGCAGCAUGCACAGGAUUGCAUGUGUGGUGGUGGGGGGACGUAUGUGUGGUUGUGUAAGCGUCCGUGUCUGGGUCUGAGGCAGUGUGUCAGUACGGCUAUAGCUGUGCAGGGUGUGUCGCGGGGUCGGGGGGAGGCUGCAUACAGUUGUGUGUGUGUGCGUGUGCAUGUGUGAAUAGAGCCAUGUGAGCGUGUACCCAUGCCUGCCCAGGCGGGGACCGGCGUCCAAGGCGUGUGACCCAGGCGAUGUGGGGCGGGGUGGGUGCAACCCACGUGCCCCCAGGCGGCGGGGGGCUGCCGCCCGCGGGAUGGGGGGCCCGCGGCGCCCGGGACCCGGGGUUCCUGUCCGUGCCAGGCAGCCGGAUGAGCAUGGAGGAGGGUGCCAGGACUGCCAUUGCUGAUUAUCACGUGAGCCGCUCCAGGAGGAAGAGUGUCCCUGGAGGGAAGCAAUACAGCAUCAACAUGGAUGCGCCCCCUGCUCCCCCCUUCAGGCCCUCGCAAGGCUUCCUGAGCCGGCGCCUGAAGAGCUCCAUCAAGCGGACAAAGAGCCAGCCCAAGCUUGACCGGACCAGCAGCUUCCGUCAGAUCCUGCCCCGGUUCCGCAGCGCUGACCAUGACCGAGCCCGCCUCAUGCAGAGCUUCAAGGAGUCGCACUCACAUGAGUCCCUGCUGAGCCCCAGCAGUGCAGCCGAGGCCCUGGAGCUGAACCUGGAUGAGGACUCCAUCAUCAAGCCCGUGCACAGCAGCAUCCUUGGCCAGGAGUUCUGUUUUGAGGUCACCACCGCCUCUGGCACCAAGUGCUUUGCCUGCCGCUCAGCUGCAGAACGCGACAAGUGGAUUGAGAACCUGCAGCGUGCUGUGAAGCCCAACAAGGACAAUAGUCGGCGGGUGGACAAUGUGCUGAAGCUGUGGAUCAUCGAGGCGCGGGACCUCCCCCCAAAGAAGCGAUACUACUGCGAGCUGUGCCUGGAUGAUAUGCUCUACGCCCGCACCACUAGCAAGCCUCGGGCUGACAAUGUCUUCUGGGGGGAACACUUUGAGUUCAACAACCUGCCAGCCGUGCGCACCAUCCGCCUGCAUGUCUACAAGGACACCGACAAGAAGCGCAAGAAGGACAAGAGCAACUAUGUGGGCAUGGUCAGCAUCCCCAUUGCCAGUGUCACCGGGCGCCACUUUGCUGAGCAGUGGUACCCGCUCAGCCAGCCCAGUGGCAGCAAGGCCAAGGCUGGCUGCCCAGCCCUGCGGGUCAAGAGCCGCUUUCAGACCAUGAGCAUCCUGCCCAUGGAGCUUUACAAGGAGUUCGCCGAGUAUGUCACCAACAACUACCGCAUGCUCUGUGCUGUCCUUGAGCCUGUCCUCAGCGUCAAGAGCAAAGAGGAGGUGGCCUGUGCCCUCGUCCACAUCCUCCAGAGCACUGGCAAAGCUAAGGAUUUUCUCUCAGACAUGGCCAUGACGGAAGUGGACCGGUUCAUGGAUCGGGAGCACCUGAUAUUCCGGGAAAACACCCUCGCCACGAAAGCCAUAGAGGAGUAUCUGAAACUCAUCGGCCAGAAAUACCUCAAGGAUGCCAUUGGCGAGUUCAUUCGGGCGCUGUAUGAGUCUGAGGAGAACUGCGAGGUUGACCCCAUGAAGUGCUCAGCCUCCACUCUGGCCGACCACCAGGCCAACCUGCGCAUGUGCUGUGAGCUAGCCCUCUGCAAGGUCGUCAACUCCCACUGUGUAUUCCCCCGGGAGCUGAAGGAAGUGUUUGCUUCUUGGCGUCUGCGCUGUGCGGAGCGGGGCCGGGAGGACAUCGCUGACCGGCUGAUCAGCGCCUCACUCUUCCUGCGCUUCCUGUGCCCAGCUGUCAUGUCGCCCAGCCUCUUUGGACUCAUGCAGGAGUACCCUGACGAGCAGACGUCUCGCACUCUCACCCUCAUUGCCAAGGUCAUCCAGAACCUGGCCAACUUCACCAAGUUUGGCAGCAAGGAGGAAUACAUGGCAUUCAUGAAUGAGUUCCUGGAGCUGGAGUGGGCCAGUAUGCAGCAAUUCCUGUAUGAGAUCUCCAAUCUGGACACGCUCACCAACAGCAGCAGCUUUGAGGGCUACAUUGACCUGGGUCGCGAGCUCUCCACGCUGCAUGCCCUCCUCUGGGAAGUCCUGCCCCAGCUCAGCAAGGAAGCCCUCAUCAAGCUGGGCCCCCUGCCCCGUCUGCUGAACGACAUCAGCGUCGCCCUCAGGAACCCACACAUCCAGCGGCAGCCGAGUCACCAGGGUGAGCGGCUGCAGCCUAAGCCCCUGGUCUUGCGGGGCCCUUCAGCUGAUGUCCAGCCCUAUGUUGUGCGCGACCUCAACAGCUCUGUCGAUCUCCAGCCCUACAUGGUGCGGGGCCUCAACAGCUCCAUGGACAUGACCCGGUUGCCUUCGCCCACCAAGGAGAAAGGGGGGAAAGACGUGUUCUUUGUGACGCGCCCGCCCCUGGCCCGUUCCUCCCCAGCAUACUGCACCAGCAGCUCGGACAUCACUGAGCCUGACCAGAAGAUGCUGAGCGUGAACAAGAGCGUCUCGAUGCUGGACCUGCAGGACAGCCGCAUGAACAGCGUUUCCAACCUGCAGAGCGUUGGUGACCUGCUCAACAGCAGCCAGGCCUCCAUCACCGCUGCCAUGGGGCUCCGGCCCAGCCGCCUCUCCCAGGGCAGUGGCUCCAGCAUCGCUGCUGGCCUGCGUCUCAGCCAGAUGGGGGUCACCACCGACGGGGCCCCAGCCCCGCAGCUCAGGGUCCCCCUCUCCUUCCAGAACCCCCUCUUUCACAUGGCCUCGGAUGGGCCAGCUGCUCCACCCCCGCACCGCCCCUCCGAGGGCAACCCCGACACCUUCGCGCCCUUCCAUGGGUACAGCAAGAGCGAGGACCUGUCGGCCAGCAAGCACAUCAUUCACAGCCACAGCUACAGCGACGAGUUCACUCGCCAGGGCUCCGAGUUCACUAAACGCCAGCUCUCCCUGCAGGAGAACCUGCAGAACAUGCUCACCCCGCCCCAGAUCACCAUUGGGCCCCAGCCCCAACCCCCGCCUCGGCCCCCGCCUCAGCCCCAGGCCCCACUCCAGCGUGGCAAGUCACAGCAGCUCACUGUCAGUGCUGCCCAGAAGCCCCGGCCUUCCAGUGGGAACCUGCUCCAGUCUCCCGAGCCCACCUAUGGGCCUGCCCGCUCCCGCCAGCAGUCGGUCACAAAGGACACGUCCUCCUCCGCCCUCAAGCCAACCAUCACCAAGCAGCCAUCACACACACCCUCGACACUGAACCCUGUGAUGCCAGCCUCGGAGCGGACGGUGGCCUGGGUGUCCAACAUGCCGCACCUGUCGGCUGACAUCGAGAGCUCCCACAUUGAGCGCGAGGAGUACAAGCUAAAAGAGUACUCCAAGUCCAUGGAUGAGAGCCGGCUGGACCGGGUGAAGGAGUAUGAGGAGGAGAUCCACUCACUGAAGGAGCGGCUGCACAUGUCGAACCGCAAGUUGGAGGAGUACGAACGGCGCCUGCUCUCGCAGGAGGAGCAGACCAGCAAGAUCCUGCUGCAGUACCAGCAACGCCUGGAGCAGAGUGAGAAGCGCCUGCGCCAGCAGCAGGCCGAGAAGGACUCCCAGAUCAAGAGCAUCAUUGGCAGCCUGUCCCUGCAGGUUGAUGCUGGUGGAGGAGGAGCUGCGCAGGGAUCACUCGGCCGUCCACGACGUCUCCGAGUCCCGGAAACGCCUGCUCGACGCUCAGCUGCUCAUCAGGUAACUCUCUCUGACUCUGCUUUUGUCACGUGGAGGGAUCGGGGUGUCUCUCGCCGCUCGGUCACAGACCAGGAGAGGCAGCUUUCCGCCGUGGGUGCAGCAGACUCGCGUGUGAGCGGCGCCCUGGGGCCGCCCUGGAACGGGAUGCUGCCCGCCCAGCCCCCGCCUCCGCCCCCGCGACUCCAGAUCACGGAAAAUGGAGAGUUCCGCAACACCGCUGCUGAGCACUAGCCACUGCCCCCGCGGGAUGUGGCGCCGGGCCCCGCGCCGGGCGGACCCUCCCUGCCCGCCGCUGCCGCCCGCACGCCCGCCCGCGGCUCUGGGGGCGCAGCAGAGACCCUGGCCGGGACAUGGCGCCCUCCCCCUCGGCCCCCGCAUCGCAACCGAGCAAGCAAGCAAAUAAACCCGCCCUCUUCUGGGGGGAGGGGCCCCCCACUCCUGCCCCCCUUUGCGCACCAGCCCCUGCCCUGCCCCUGCCCCUGCCCCAGCCCCCCAUCACGCCGUCCCUCGGGGAACGGUGCGACUCUUCAAACACAACUUCAGGGUGUUUUAUAGCAGGACACAGAUGACAAUCUUACAUCCACCCCUCCCCACCACCUGCCCCGACGCUCUCCCCUUGGCCCCCCCACCCCUCGUCUAUCUCAGGAGUGCCCCCUACCCCAUGGCAGACUGUCCAUUGAGUUGCCCCCUGGGGGCCCAGGUGUCUAUGCCUUGGCCGGGGGCGAAACACCCCACCCACCCCACUGCCUCUGAGCUGCCUCAUUGCUGGGGCAUGGGGGAGUGUAGCGCCAGGCUGAGCCCCAGGGAGACUGCCUGGGGUGAAGCUGUGGGCUUUGGGGGGUUGUGAGACCUGCCAGGGGGGCCUGGCUGGCUCCGGCUCCCCUGGGCAUGGGGCGGGAAGAGGGUCCUGAUUCUGCCCCUGCCCCCCCAGCAAUGGGGAGUGUGGGGACAGGUGCCCGUGGCUGGACCGAGGAUCCUAGCACUGAGGCCCUGGGUCCUGUCCCUGCCCCUGCCCCAAGAUUCCCCUGCAAACCUGCCCCCGCCCCUUCCCUGCAAGGCAGGGUGACCCCCGUCCCUGGGGAGCCUCCCCUCUUGCUGGGGGCAGUGCUGGGCUCUGCCCCCGGCUCGCCCUGCCACCCCUGCCCCGCCUGGCGCCGGUGUGGGGGGAGGAGGGUCUCCCACGCCGCCGCCUGCCCCAGCCCUGCUUUCUGUGCUCUCUACUCCGACAAAGGGCUUUGCCUGCUCAGCGCCCACCCGCCCGCGGCCUGGCCAGCGCCCCCGGCCCCCGGACACGGACACUGGGCUGUAGCUGCCUGGGGGAGACGGGGCACCACGGGAGGGGCUUUCUCGUUCUUUCUUUCUUUUCUUUCUCCGUUUCCUCCCGGUCUCGAGACGCCCCAGGCCCUGCCCCACGGGGCGAACGUGGGGGCAGGGGGGGAACGCGACCACCGACCAACCAACGGGAAAUCUUGAAGAAGCCAUUUCUCUGCCCACCCGCCAGCGCGGGCACGGGCCCUGGGUGGGGGUGGGGGUGGGGGGCGCCGGUCCUACCCCCUGGCCUGAGCACGGAGAACUGGAGGGGGCCUGUUGUGGCUGUUCGCCGUCGUGCUAUGGUCCGACCUGCUGGGUGAAUGUGUUCAGCGCAGUGAUUGUACUGGGUGUUUCUUUGCUGUUUCUGUGUCUCUAUUUCAGACUCCCGGCUAGGGCCACCCUCGCCCUUCACCGGCCCCCAGCCCCUCCUCCCUGUGGUCCAUAUUUCUUUUGUAAGGCCUCACGCCUGCCCUCCCUCCACCGCCCUCCCCCCCCCCCCCAUCCCGGACGAGGGCGGCGCCGUGAUAUUUAUACGUAUUAAUUAUUAUUAUUAUUAAUGAUUAUUAUUAUUAUAUAAAAGUUUGUACAUAUGUGAAAUUUUCUCGGCUCCCGCCCCUCCACCCGGCCGCGCUGCCCCUCUCCCCUGCCCGUCCCUGGGCUGGGUGCUGUAAUUACCACCGGAUUUGUACUGUACAUAGACCUCUCUGGACCUCACUCUCUGUACAUAGCCCGCCUGCCCCCCCCGCCCCGGGAAGGGAGCUCAGGUGUGAGCCCGGCGCCCGCUGGUGCCCCCGGGCCUCUCUCUUCUUUUCUUUUUAUUAUUCCGCCCCCCCGGCCCUUUUCUUUCUUUCUUUCUUUCUCUUUCUUUCUUUCCUUUUUUUUCUGGAGUGUGUGGUGACAACAUCGGAAACAAAUGAAAAUGUUUAAUAAAAAGCGAUUGUUCUUUUA